AUGUAAUUUCUUAAUCCCAAAAAGUAAAAAUUUUAGUAAAUACAGAAAUAAGAGUUCAAUUUUCAGCUACUUGAUGAAAAUAGAGUGUUUAUGACAGGAACAUUUACUGCUUUCACUGAUAAUGUGAAAUAGUACAUAAAAGUAAUCCACUUCAUUAUCAGCAUAGUAAAACGAUGGAAGUUUUUAAAAUUUAGAUGGAGAGAAAGGUUGGAUAAUUCCAAUAGGUAAUUAUUAGAAUUUGAUAACUAAUGUAAAAACAAUGAAUAAUAUUAGCUAAAAUCAGAAUAGUCAGAAGUCGUAAUAAAAUAAUUGCCGCAAUUAUUGUAAAAACUAUAAAAUCUGAAUAUGAAAGAAAUAAAGUAUUUUGAGAAUGGUUAAUUGGUUACCUUAAAGUAUGAUAAUUAGAUACGUUAUGAAUAACUUGAUAAAACUCUAGAUGAAACAUUAUAUUAAUAUCAAAGAGAUUGCGUUAAAUAAGGAUUAAAAUUUAAUGGUAGAAUUUUGAUAGCAGAUGAUAUGGGUGUUGGUAAGACAGUGUAAUCUUUGGCUCUUGCAAGUAUGUAUAAAUAAAAUUGGCCUCUAUUAAUCAUGUGUCCAUCACCAUUGAGAUUAAAUUGGUAGGAUGAAAUCAUACAUUGGUUAAAACUCCAUAAAACAGACAUCCAAUUAAUUAAUUGUGGUCGAGAAGGUAUAAGAAUGAAUGCAAAAAUAGUAGUUGUUUCAUAUGAUAUUUGUGCUAAAAUAAAAGAUGUAAAUAUUCAAAUAACACUUAGAAUUUAAUGAGUAGAAAGUUUUAAAUUUGUAUAGCUGAUGAAUGCCAUUAUUUAAAGAGUCCUUCAGCAAUAAGAAGUCAAGUAUGUGUACCAAUUUUGAGAUAAUGUAUGUAGACAAUUCUAUUAACUGGUACACCUGCAUUAUCUAAACCAAAAGACUUAUUUAAUCUAUUGAAUAUAAUUAGACCUGAUAUUUUUGGUAAUUUCAAGGAAUUUGGAUAUAGAUAUUGCGAUCCAAAAUUGAGUAGGUUCACAAAAGGAAUAGAUUUUGAUGGAGCAUCAAAUUUAAAAGAAUUGCACUUUUUAUUAAGAAAUUAUAUCAUGAUUAGAAGAUUAAAGAAAGAUGUUUUGAGUUAAUUACCUGAAAAAAGAAGGGUUAAAGUUAGAAUUCCAGGAGAAACAAGUUAAGUUAAAUAAAUUGGUGCUCUAUUAAAUUAAUUGGGGAAUAUUGAUAUUCAAUAACUUAUUAAUAAAGAUGCAAUCUUUUAGGAAUCAAAAGAUUAAAGUGAAUAAUUGCUCACAAUUAAUUCAAUUUUAUAGAAAUGCUAUAUGCUAACAGGUUAAGCAAAAAUAAAGGCUAUAAAGGAUUAUAUAAGUACAUUGUUUGAGAAUGAAAUUAAAUUUUUAUUCUUUGCACAUCAUUAAGAUGUAUUGGAUGCUGUUUAAGAGUAUUGUAUUCAAAAUGAAAUCUAAUAUAUGAGAAUUGAUGGUAAUGUAGGAGUUGAAUAGAGACAUUUGAAUGUACAAAUGUUUUAAAAUAAUGAUGAAAUUAGAAUAGCUAUUUUGAGUGUUACAUCUGCAAAUUAUGGAAUUACUUUGACAGCAGCCUCAACAAUAGUAUUUGGUGAAAUGCAUUGGACUCCUGCUAUCAUGAUGUAAGCAGAAGAUAGAGCACAUAGAAUUGGUUAAGUUUAAUGUGUUGAUUGUCAUUAUCUGAUAGGUGAUGGAACACUUGAUGAUCAUAUUUUCAAUAAAAUUGAAAAUAAAAUGAACACUGUCUCAAAUUUUAUUGAUGGAUAAAAUUAAAAUUUAGGAGCAUUAGAAUUUUCAGCUGACGAAGUUUUGGUCAAAGGAACAUCAAAACCCACCUUGAUUUCAGAUAAAGGUUAAUCAGUUUUACAAGAGGGAUAUGUACAACCCUCAAUCUAGUCUUUAACAGAAGAUGAUAUAGAAGAAAUCUAUUAACUAUUAGAAUCUAGAUCAAAAGAAAAAUAAGAAUAGUAAGAGGCUGAAUCUUAAUUAAAAUUAAAUUAAAAAAAAAAAUAGGUUGAACUUUCCAGCUAAGUCAAAAAUUAAUGUUCUACAUUAAAAUAAUAAUUAUUGGAUAAAUUUUUGACUAGCAAUAAAAUUAAAAAAGAAGUCAUUGAAGAUAACAAAGAAUUUAAUAAAAUUCAAAAGGUUAUAGAAGAAAACAAAUAAUUGACUUAUGGAAAACUACCUCAGAAAUUGAGUUAUGAGUACUUAUAAAGUAGAUUAAAUGGAGAUAGCAAAUCAACUGAAUCAGGAUAAAAGAAACUUCUACUUAAACUCACGAAGUAAUAGCCAAGUCUUAACAGCCAAGAAGAUGUUAUUGAUUAAUAAGUUAACUGA